GGAUGAAUGUGAGUCCCAGAUCUGCCCGGGAAGCCCUUUGGACCUGGCCCUCGGCUCCCAGAUUGGCACAGGAGUGGACCUGUUUCCUGCCCUCCAUUCCUCCGGUCAUCUUGGCCCGCAGCUUGAGUUUGGGCAGGCUGAAGGUGCAGAGGAGGAAAUGCCCAGUUCUCCAGAAGAUGCUCCCCGUCUCCGAGCCGUCUUUGAUGCCCUGGACCGUGAUGGGGAUGGGUUUGUCCGAAUAGAGGAGUUUGUCCAGUUUGCCACGGUGUAUGGAGCAGAACAGGUGAAGGACCUGACCAGGUUUUUGGAUCCAGCUGGCCUAGGUGUGAUCAGCUUUGAAGACUUCUAUCGGGGCAUCUCAGCUAUCAGGAGUGGAGCAGAUCCUGACAAUCAGCUCUGUGCUAUGGGAUACACCCAUGAAGAGCCACCUUCAGCGUGUCCGGUUGAAUUUGAUGACUUUGUUGCAUUUGAGGCAAAUGAGGUGACUGACAGCGCGUACAUGGGCUCGGAGAGCACCUAUAGUGAAUGCGAAACUUUCACAGAUGAGGACACCAGCACGCUGGUCCACCACGAGAUGCAUGAUGAAGUAGAAACAGACAGUGCGAUUGACUCCACGGUGCACUCGGAGUUCACGGAUACCAUCGAGGAGGCAGAGAAUGGCCCUCACCCUCAUGACCUGUCCUUGACCUCGGAUGUCAACGGUCACUCCAUCGUCACAGUCAUUAGUGGAGAGGAGCACUUCGAGGACUACGGGGAAGGGAAUGAGAUAGACCUCUUCUCAGACGGCUUGUGCAACGGUGAGAGCGGCUUCAACAGUUCGUCUUUCCUUUCUCCCAGCGCAAACCCACUUGCUGCAAAACUGCACAGCAUUUUCACUGACGAGGCGUUUGAGUUUUACUGUACCCAGUGCCACAAGCAAAUCAACCGCCUCGAGGACCUUUCUGCUCGCCUAAAUGAUCUUGAAAUGAAUAGUCCAAAUAAGAGGCUCUCAAGCAAGAAAGUAGCAAGGUACCUGCAUCAAACAGGAAGCCUCACAGUGGACAGCAUGGAAGAGCCUUUCCGGAACAACUCUGAGUGUCUGGAGGAGGACAUUACUGAGAAGGUGAUCUUCCUUGAGAAAAGGGUGACAGAGCUAGAAAAGGACACAGCUGCAAAUGGGGAACAGCACAGCCGAUUAAAGCAGGAAAACCUUCAGUUGGUACACAGAGCCAAUGCCUUGGAGGAGCAGCUGAAAGAGCAAGAACUGAGAUCAGAUGAGGUCCUGGUGGAAGAAGUCCGAAGACAGCGGGAGCUGCUUAGCAAGACGGAACGGGAGAAGAGCAUUGAGAUUGAAAACCUACAAGCCCGGUUACAACAGCUGGAUGAUGAGAACGGUGAGCUCCGGUCCUGCGUUCCUUGCCUCAGAGCCAAUAUUGAGAGGCUGGAGGAGGAGAAGAGGAAGCUGAUAGAUGAAAUAGAAGAUCUCACAGCACAGCUCAAUGAGGAGCAGGAGAACAAAAGGAAGCUGGGAGACAAACUGAACCACGAGAAGCACCAGUUCCAGAAGGAAAAGGAAUCCACACAGGAGCUAAUUGAGGACCUCAGGAAGCAGCUGGAGCAUCUGCAGCUCUUCAAGCUGGAAGCAGAGCAGCGAAGGGGUAGGAGCAGUAGCAUAGGUCUCCAGGAAUACAACAGCCGGACGCGGGAGACAGAACUGGAGCAAGAGAUCAGGCGGCUCAAGCAGGAUAACCGAAACCUGAAGGAACAGAAUGAUGAGUUAAAUGGGCAGAUCAUAAACCUCAGUAUUCAAGGAGCCAAGAAUCUCUUCUCUGCUUCCUUCUCUGAAUCUUUGGCUGCAGAAAUCAGCUCAGUCUCCAGAGAUGAGCUGAUGGAGGCGAUUCACAAACAAGAGGAAAUCAAUUUCCGACUUCAAGACUACAUUGACCGGAUCAUUGUGGCCAUCAUGGAAACAAACCCAUCCAUCCUGGAAGUCAAGUAGGAGGCUGAGAGCUAUGGACUUGUGGGCCAGAUGACACCUGAGUGUGUUGGAUUUGCUGCUCUGAGGAGGACACUGGCAAAAUCUUCACUCAGUGAAGGAGGCACAGGAUGCCUCAUGUCCUAUUGGUUAGGUGAUGGAUCCUGGUGGACUUAAGGGAGAGGACCUAGCCAUUCAGCAUGGCUGCCUAGACUCCAGUGGUAUUUCGUGCCCUCCUGGCUUGUGGGGGUUGGGGGGCAGGGGGCAAAAAGGAAUCUGGAGAAGAGGAUACAGGAAGUCAUGGAACAAGGCAUAAAACUGGGGCAGGGAUGUGAAUGUACACCAGCAUCCUGCUGUGGAACAGGAGUAGGUGCUGGGCUGCAACUUGAAUCCCCUUCCUGUAAGAUCACAACCUGUCUACAUGCCUCAGAUACAGGAAUGGGAUGGAGACAUGGGGAGAUGAUUCAAAUCUUUCUCCGCUUGGCAGUCACAGUGGGGUGAUGAGGAGAAAAGAGAUUCCAAAAUACCCUCCUGCCUUACCUUGCCUGCACAUCUUGGCUUUCCCAUCUCUUCCUGAAAGCUCAGUGAGGGCACAUCAGUUACACUCAGCCGCAUGUCCCUUUUUAAAGCUGUUACAAGCUUUCUAAGAAAUAUCAAGCAUAAGAAGAAAUAUGAGAGACUUCUCCUUGUUUAGCCAGUAGAAGGAGAAAGAGGCUGCCUUUGGCCCAUCCCUAGUUCGUAAGCUUUGUGCUCCCUGGCCUGUGAAAACAUAUUGUUUCUUUUACAUCCAACAAAAUUUGGCGGGGAGGAGGGUACUGCACGUAGCUGUGUGUGUUUCCUGCCCACCCUUUUGGGAGGAGGGAGCUGCCUUAAAAAGGAAAUACUGGUUUGUUUCCCAUCGAGCCAGACUGGGCCUGGAGGGAGGUGAACAACUCUUGAAAGGGGACUUUCCAAUGAUGCAAUAAAGGAUUGGACCAUGGACAACAUCUGGUUGAAGAUCCGGUGGUGGUGGGUGGCGAUACCACAGGCACCUUCCUGCACCUGAAGCCAGCUGCGGCUGGGUGGGCUGGCCUGUGGUGGACAAGCUCAGCUGAUGACACUACAGUGCUGGAGGCAGAGCUAUCCUACCGCUGCACUUCUUCUUGGUCAGAUGCAGCAACAAACAGUAUCCCCUUCAUCGGAUACGCUUCCUGUGUUGCAGGCUGUGUCUCACUGACAAAGUUGGAAGAAUGAAGGGUGUGGUAUCCAUCUUUCCAUGCACAGGAAUACUGAAUCUAAAUUUGUUAAAGCUGGCAAAAUUUGGGGCCAUUGACUUAAUUUUGCAUACCUUCAUGGAGGGGGAUAUGAAUUAAACAUGUUGCAUCUUCUUCCCACCUCCCAUUUCCACCUGAUAUUUAAAAAGAAUCCUGUCAUCAGGAAAACUGGAAAAACAGUUGAGGGCACAUAAGUUGCCUUCUCCACACCUGCCCCAAAUUUUAUGGGAAGAGUUCAUUUUGCUUAUACCUAAAAGAUGUACUGUUUCCACCGAACCAGAGGGUUAUGCUUUUUUCUUCUAAAUUUUUAAAAUCUGACUUUGGGAAUUGGUUUUAAAACAUGCUUUGUUCUUGGAUUUCUAUUUUUAAUGGCACAAUUGGGAAAAGGGAAGGUGAAGCGCAGACCUAUGAUGGAUCCUGUUAUGCUGCAUCUUUAUUGCGUGUGGGGAGAAGAGAUUCAGGAGCCCAAAGAGGGCAUGCCGUGAGUGCCAGUACCUGUGCCCCAGGAAGGGUUUGGCUCUGGAAUGGACAGUAUGGAACAUGUUAUGGGUGCCUUUUUUCUCCCUUAAAUAACCCUUAGACAUCCUCUGCAUCACUAAAGCACACACAAAGCAAUCAUGCUACAUCUAGGCACAAGGAACCUGGCGAUGUCUCUCAUGUCUGCCUGAACCGCAUACGCAUCUAGUCUUCACGGAGAAUAAGGAGUGAUUGAUGAUAGCUGAUAGUCUCUGCUCUAGUCACCUUGAAAACAUGCUUGAAUUUUCACCACUGAUGUAUAGUGAAUCCAAACCUGUUCAAAGGAGCAGUCCAGUCACGGGGUUUUGCUCUACUGAGCUGGAUUUCAUUUAUUGGGUCACCAGGAAUAUUUUGGCUAGAUGAUGUGAAUAUUUUCAAAGCAAAACAAAACAAAUGCUGAACAAUAAUAGUAGGUCCGUGCUUCUGUAAUUUUCUGGCGGGAUCAAGUGGAAUGUGGUGAGGGACAUAGGAGCUGCUCACCUGCUGGUACAACAGUUCUCAAAAUGCAAACAUCCUUGCAUUUCUUAUCAAGAUACUGCCCGCCUGUUCCUCUCCACCAUACCUUGAGGAAGAAGAAUUCACGUAAUGUACAUUUCCAGAGGAAUCUUGGGUGCAAAUCAGCAUAUACUCGGAGAGGGAAAGAUUUUCAUUUUCUAUCUUGUAUUGUAGAGUUAGGUAUUUUUUAUAGAUUGAAGGCUGAUCAAUUUUUAAUACUUCAAAAAGGAGAGCAAAGUAUCUGUGUCUGCACACAAAUAUAUAAAUAUAUGUAUGUAUGUAUAAUGUACAAAUCUAUAAAUAAUCAGAUCUGCCUUUCUUGACUUGGGCACAUAAUGUCCAUGAUUAUAAACACACACACUCCUCUCCUGGCCUCCCAGUUGAUCACAAAGAGGUACUGUAAUGUAAAUAGUCACAGGAGGAAAGAAAAAAUUAAACCAACAAAAGUGAAGCACUGGCUCGCACACGGCUUUAAUUUCCUGAGGAAAACUGUUCUUCCCUGCUGGUAUGUGAAGGAAUUUCCAAAAAGAGGCAAACAGUAUUUGUCUUAACGGGUGUACUGACUCUUGUCUGAUUAAAAGCUGUUACCGUCUCUUUGCUGAA